AGUCUAUAUACGUAAUCACAUUCGUAUCAAUAUAAAAUGAUUAUUCAUUUACUUAAACAGAGAAUUAUUUUUUAGGUAUUGAUUAACUUGGGAUCUAUCGUCUUCAUGGCGAACUAUUUUUAUGAAUAUCUGAAGGGGUAUAAAGCAUUCAUCAUGCCCUUGGAAUUAUUUGACGAUAUAACCUUUAAAAAAGUGGUCUUCAUCAUUAACAUGAUAAAAAUCAUAUGUUCUUUGAACAUGGUCCUCGCUACUAUAGCAGCUCUUGGAUUUAUUUCAGCACCGAAGUAUUUCAACGAAAAGACAUAUUUAUUAGUAUGGAUUUUCGAAAACUUUCCAACUCAUUCGAAUAUAAUGGCUAAAUUUGUCCACUGGACGAGUUUACCAGUUGCUCUUGUUUUGGCUGGUACUUCUUUGGUUUGGACCUACGCAGGCAUGAAUGGAGUUUUUCAAGUAGCUUUGCUCAAAAGAAUGAUUGCAACAAUAACGACAUCGACUAUACAACACAAGUACAGACGAGAUUCGCCACUGUAUCAAGAAACUACCAAGCAGAAAAUGAUAAUAUGUAUAAUGACACACGAGAUCUUGGUCAGAUAUCAAAAUAUCGCAUGUGAUUUAUUCGAAGCUCCAAUGAUGAUGUUUGCCAUGGGUAGUGUGGUGUUGGGAGGAGCUUUGAUGAUAGAAUUUCUUAGUAAUCAAGCACUAGAUUUGGGAGAUCAGUAUACAAUAUACAUUGGAAUAGUAUGUUUUGCAAUGGCCGGAGGGAUUUCAGCAAUGCUGUAUCUCAUAAUUGGUCAAGUUUUAAAGGAUGAGUCAGAAGCUUGCAACUACCAACUGAGGCAACUCCCUUGGUACGACAUGAACUCAGAGAAUAUGAAAAUUUAUUCUUUUUUCCUGCUCAAAACUGAAAGAUGCGUAUCUCUUUCAAACAGCCUUAUUCAAUUAGAUUGCAUACUACUUAUGAGGAUCAUCAAAGCUUUAUACUCAAUAGCUACACUUCUUGCACAGUUUGUUGCUUCGAAUUAUUCGGCCUAAAAGAUGUGGAAGAAGUCUGGGAAAAUCUGCUAAACGAUGAAGCUCUUCAUUGACAAUUUCCUUUUCAGAUGUAAUCGCAGAUGAAUGGAUCUUCAAUCAGUUUUUUUAUUUAGUUGAUGCUUAAAGGUUGAAUAGGAUAAUUAUAUUCAUUUGAUUAUUA